AAGAUAAUUUUAUACAAUUUUAUUUAUUCUGAAACGCAAACGUGAAAUCUUUUUUUAUUAAUCUUAUAACUUUAGCAAUAUUAUAGAUUUUAUGCGCAAUCAUAUAAAUAUUAUUAAACUGUUUGUUAUAAUUUUCAAUUCUGUGGGAAUUUUAUAAUUUUGCAAGAUGACAUCUGGACCUUACAACUACUCAUAUAUUUUUAAAUAUAUUAUAAUUGGUGAUAUGGGAGUAGGGAAAUCAUGUUUAUUGCAUCAGUUCACUGAUAAAAAAUUUAUGGCUGAUUGCCCUCAUACCAUUGGAGUAGAAUUUGGGACGCGGAUAAUUGAAGUUGCAGGCCAAAAAAUUAAAUUACAAAUAUGGGAUACAGCUGGUCAAGAAAGAUUUCGAGCCGUGACACGUUCUUAUUAUCGUGGAGCAGCUGGCGCACUUAUGGUGUAUGAUAUAACAAGAAGAUCCACUUAUAACCAUUUAAGCAGUUGGCUGACAGAUACUCGCAAUUUGACUAAUCCAAGUACUGUGAUAUUCUUAAUUGGUAAUAAAUCAGAUUUAGAUGGUCAAAGGGAUGUUACAUACGAGGAAGCCAAACAAUUUGCUGAUGAAAAUGGCUUAAUGUUUGUUGAAGCAAGUGCCAAAACGGGCCAAAACGUGGAGGAAGCUUUUCUGGAAACUGCGAAGAAAAUUUAUCAGAGCAUCCAAGAUGGGCGGUUGGAUCUGAACGCAGCGGAGUCUGGAGUGCAGCACAAGCCGGCGUCGCCGGGCCGCCCGCUCGCCGCGCAGCCGCCCGCGCGCGACAACUGCGCCUGCUAACCGCCGCCGCCACUCGCACCACUCACUUAAUGUUCUCUUAGUAUAACUAUAGGUAAUCUAAAAUGUAUUAUCUUUUUUUUUUCAAGUUUGUAUUUAUAAAUAGUGUACAUUCCACGGCUAUCAAAAAUUCAAUGGGAUAAGGUUAAAAUAAUUAUAUAAAAUAUAAUGGACAAGGAAGUGAUGCGAUCGAGACGCUUUUUUCCUGUAUUGGUUUCUAUGUUACUUGUUAGAACUCGAAACAAACUUCCAGAUGUAUAAUCAGAGAUUGAAAAGUGGCACAGUAUAUAAGAACGUAUACAACCAAUUUUGUUAAGAUUAAAGUCUGUUUUUAUAUUAAAUUUUAAGAUUUUGUUUUCUAAUAACAAUAUCUCAUGUUUCAAUUUAAAACACAAACCAAUUUGAUGAUUUCAAUUGUGUUGUGUGUCGAUAAAUAUGCAAGUGCAUGUCACCAAAUUAUUUGAUGUUAUAAAAAUUGAUUAUUGAUAGCAAACCCCACUUUCAUACUGAACCUUUUUGGAAUUGCCCAGAAUCAUUCCAGGCCAAAAAAUAAACACGCAAAGUACAUACAGUUAGCAUCUAAAUUUAUAUUUGUGAAUUGUUUCCUGAAUUAUACAAGCUUUUACAUAAUAUCGAUUUGUCUUGAAUGAACUGUGGUUUAUGAUGGGUUGUUAUUAUGUAAAUAUAUAAAAUAAAUUAACAAAUUAUACGAAGUAACAUAAUAGAGCUUAAAAAUUUAUAUUUUGGAUUAUAGCUUCGGUGAAUGUGUCAUUGUAAUAUCGCGGUAUUUGGCGACAGAUUUAAUAGAUAAAGUCUCAGAGUCAAGAGCAAAGCAUGUUCGAUUUUUAUUUAAAAUAUAAUUAUGUUUUGCUCUCUAAUCGAUCGGUGUGAACAAACUACGCGAAACAAACCGUCCUUUAAUAAUAUCACAAUGUAAGGCUCAUAUGUCGCCAGGCAACAUUUUCUACUAUUUUGUCACAUAUUAUACUGAAGCCUAGACUUCUCAGUUUAAACACAAAUUGUUUUUUAUUGGUUCCAUUAUUACAAGAACUUUAUUUAGCAAUUACAAAAGUAUUACUAGUAGAGUCAAAAUUAAGUAGUUAAAGUCCGUAGAAUAAAAGAGCAAGUGUAAAGGCAACUAGACACGCUUCACUAACUGUGUAUAAGCAUACAGUCUUUAAAUUUAAGUGCAUCUUUAUAGAAUUUUUGUAUGAUAGUAUUUAAAUAAUAAAUAACAGAGUUAUUGUUCUACAGCGAUGUUUAAUUGCUAAUAUCUCUUAACUGAUACAAACAAAAUUUUAUCAAUUCUUAGAAAACAUUCUAAUUCUAAAUUUAUUCCAAUUACGAUAAAACCAAAAAGUAGUUAUUAAUUCUUUAUAUAUUCAUUUAAAUACUGUCUAUGUAACACAUGAUAUAGAAGUUUAGAAAAAAACACUACUAUUUUAUAAAUGUUUUUUUAAUGGAUGAUAAUGGAAUGGUAACCCCACCCGUGCUAUUGUUAUACACCGGCGGGGCACCAGUGAAGUAUGAUAGAUGAGGAUGAAGUAGGUCAGUUAGCCCAUCGUGACGAAUUCAACAAGAAUUGUUCUCGAUGAUUGCCAGGGGGAACCACGUGGAGGUCGACCUAAUAAGGCAUAUUGCUAGCAAUGGGGCUGUCAAACUCCAUUGCUAACAAUCCCUUUCCCCCCAUUUUAUAAAUGUUAGAAGAUAUUAGUGACUAACCAUCGAUAUAACUGUCACUUACAUAAUAAAAAAAUUGCUAAUGUAAGGUGUAGGUGGCCCAUAUAUUAGUAACUAUUUUUUAACUUACUGUUAUUACCUAUAUUAACAUUUAAGAUCACUUCUUCAAAAAGUUAGAUUAAUUAUUCAAUAUUUUUUAAUUUAUGGUUAAUUUUCUUUUUUCCAUACAUGUUUAAGUAUUAACAUCUAUAUAGAGACAUAUUUAUUCCGUUACAAUAGUAACUAUGUUACUAUUGUUACAGUAUUUGUAGGGAAAGUUAAUACUUUAUAAUUAUUUUUAUUAUACCUUCAAAAUGUGCGGUGCUACUGAGAGUUGUCACACCAUGGAGUUGGGGCGUAGUAGUAAGUUCUGUACGCUCUUCCGUGUACGAUGUAGGUAUACAUUACAGGAUUUCAUAUCUUAAAUAUCAAACUUCCGUUUCGCGAUGUUAGUUCACGCUAAGCUCCGAAACGGCUCAACUAAUUUGAAUGAAAUUUUGUAAAUAUAUAUUAUAUAUUCCAACUUAAGAAAUUAGAUUCAGUAGGCGGCGGGAGAACUAUUCGGAAUAUUGAUUAAAUUUUACAAAAUGCAUAAAGUAUUUUACACCCCUUGAUUUUAUUAAGAGUAUACCAUAUACAUUUGUGACAGAGUAAAAAAAAAUAUUUUGUUUAUUUAUAAAUAUUAAUGUGUCCCUAUUUAUCAUGUAAUUGUUUAGGAUAUGCAAAGUUGUUGGGCCCCUUGUUAUUCCAUACUAUAUAUCUAUGUUGUUUUUGUUUAGAAUAAAAUAAAAAGUAUGAAACUUCUGGAACGUUACCACUCUCCAUUUUCUUCUUACACUAAAUUAUCCAUACAAUUUUUUUUACUGAUGCCCAUCCCGCACGCUUUAUUGACAGGCUAUAUUUACAAAAUAUCACUUUGAAUGACAACAAUAAAACAAAUUUAUAAUAAGA